CCCCGCUCAGCCUCGGCUCUGCCCCCUUUCGGUUCAGCUCCCUUCUCCCCGGGCCGGUGGCAGCGGCGGCCGCGGCUCCCCAUGGCGAACCAGUCCCAGUGCCUGGAGGACGCGCCCGGCCGCUGGCCCCCCGGGGAGCCGAGCUCGCCCGAGCUCUACAGCGAGGCGCAGCGGCUGGCGCUGGAGGAGCUGGUGGCGGGCGGCCGGGCCGCGUUCCGCGCGUUCCUGCGCCGGGAGAAGGUGCCCGGCUUCCUCUCGGAGCCCGAGAUCCAGGCCAUCCUCCAGGCGGCCGCGCCGCCGGCCGGGGCCGAGGAGGGGGCGGCCGAGCCGUCGCUCAGCGCCUCGCUGGACUGCUCCUCGCUCACCUACUUCCCCGAGCAGUCGGACGUGGAGCCGCCCGUGCUGGAGCUGGGCUGGCCGGGAUUCUCCAGCGGCUCGUACCGCGGCCUCACCCGCGUGGAGGCGCUUUUCCAGCCCAGCUUCGGGGAGACCAUCUACAGCUGCAAGGAGGCGGUGCGCAGGCAGAUCCGCUCGGCCAGGGAGGUGAUCGCUCUGGUUAUGGAUUCCUUCACAGACAUUGAUAUCUUCAGUGAUCUUCAGGAAGCCUGUAGAAAGCGGAAGAUUCCGGUCUACAUCCUUCUGGACCAAGAUUUUCUACCCCACUUCAUGGAAAUGUGCAGGAGUCUGGGAGUCUGCCCUGAGCAGGAAGGUCUGAUGAGAGUUCGAACUAUAACGGGGAACACUUACUACACAAGGUCAGGAGCUAAAAUUGUUGGGAAAGUCCAUGAGAAGUUCAUGUUAAUUGAUGGCAUUAGAGUGACGACAGGCUCCUACAGCUUCACAUGGACUGAUGGGAAAUUGAAUAGCAGUAACUUGUUGCUGCUGUCAGGCCAAGUGGCUGAACACUUUGACCUGGAGUUCAGGAUCCUUUAUGCACAGUCAAAACCGAUCAGCCCUAAGCUGCCAUCCAGCUGCCGGAGCAGUGGAAUAUUUGAUCACCUGGUCAAUGGAACAAAAUCACCUAAAGACUACACUGUGGGAAACCUCUUGAGAGCAGAGUUGGCCAGACUGUCAAGCACCCCCAAGAAACCACUGAAAAAAACAGAUUUGGCUAACACUGAAGGAAGCAAAUCCUAUAACCUGGGUCCUUCUUACAUUGGCACAGAGGAGUGGUUUGGAAGUCAGGAGGCCAUAGUGGAACCAAAGGAGGUGAACAGCAUGUCUACUCAAACUGAACCAUGGGAAGAGAAGCCCACGGUGACUCUCUCUAAUGCUGUCACGCAAACCAGUGUUGUAAUGGUAGCAUCUGGAACCCAAACCUCUGUUGCUGCUAGAAUGGCUGGCACUCAAACAGUAGUGCCACGGAAGACAGCUAUGACCCAGACAGAUAAGAAGGAGAGUGUGGAUGAGCAUCUACUGCUGAGACAACAAUCGAAAGAAGGAUCUCCUUCAUCUGAAAAGUCCACAUCAACUUCUUCUAGUCUACGGUCACUUUCUUCAUCAUCAUCUUCCCAGUGCUCUCUGGCAAGCUCUACCAGCUCGCUGUCCUCUCUGAGGUCCACUGAGUACUCUGGCAACCACAGGGCAGAGUACUUCCAAAAACUGCAUAAAGAAAGGCAGUUCCACUACUCUGUUAUCAGGUCCAAACUUAACCAUAUGGUUGCUAUCCUCUCCCGAAGGGGACGCGUGCCUGAAAACUAUACAAGCUGCCACGUUGUAAAUUGCAAUGUAAAACUGAGGCGUGAGAUCAGCACCAGCCUACUCAGCCUCGGAGACAUUUCAGUUUUCAAAUAAGUGACUAAGUUGGCUAUAAGCACAAGAGCACCAGGCUCACUGCACAGUCCUUUUAAUAGCCGCUGAUUCUUAUAGUCCAUCAUGGUACCGUGUGUGUAGGGGCUGGUAACUUGCCAGCACUGUAGUCUCAUUCUAUAUAACUUGCUAAACAAUGCACUGAACUAUUUUUAGAUAUUUUUAAUGCCAUAAGUGCCUCCACUUGCUUUUUUUAAAAUAUGUAAUAACAGUACAAUUCAUUCUAUCUAUGGAUGUUUACCCUCUCAAUUCCUUGUUAGACCAUCACCGGCAAAAUAUACUAGCUAGUGCUUUGUAGUGCUGUCAACAUUAUGGUUUUAACUUAUUUAUAUUUGGAAUGAUUCUGUUCCAAAUGGGUUCUGAGAUUUUAUUCUGACUUCCACUCACUAACAUGAACUAUUUUAAUAUUGGGUUUUAUUAUAACUUUGGUUUUUUAAAGUUGUUUUAUUUUGAAAAUAAUGUGGGGAAAUAGCUUCAUAUAUCUGCAAUAAACAAGGCUAACUUUGUUCCUAA